GUUACAAUAACUAAAAUGGCUCCUGUGGCGUAUAAGUAAUUUGUAAAUUAAACAAAAAUUUGGAAAUCUUAACCCUUCUGUAAUUAACAAAACUCUUACCCUUCUACCUCCCCCAGUGCGAUUCAAUUAUUACGGAGGAAUUUCACUGUUAGGGUUCUCCAUUUGAUACAAAAAUUAAAGUGGCUUGUGUUUUGUUGUAUAUAAAUGCGGGAUUGGGACAGUUUUGGAAGUAUAUUAUGGUAUAAACGAGCGUAAGGGUGCUUGCAUUAAUGAAGUGCUAAAUUAAUAUGAUGUGUACAUGAGGAUGAAUAUUUGAAAUCUAUCAAUGAAGAAAAUAAUACUCUACCCAUUUUAACUAUACGAGUUCACAUACAUGCGCCUUACCUCAUUGUUGAAAGAGGAAAAAUUCAUUUUAUAAAGUCGUAAGCAUGGCAAAGGAAUUGUUUAUUAUGUUUGUGUAUGACACCCAACGAUGCCAAAGGGAGGAAGAUGAUCCACAAGACGCUGUGCUAUAUUUUCACCCAGGAUGGGUGAAUGAACAGCAGAGGCUUGCAUUAUGUGGGCAGCUCAUGGGAGCAACACAGUUCUUUCUUACAUCAUUUAGCUGCCCUCAUAUUAUUGCUCUUAACAGUGGGAAGUUUGUAAUACGGCAAUUCGGGCGUUACAUUCUGACCAUGGGGACAGAUCAGAACAUUCCAGAUUGGGUUCUUGAACACCGUGCAGAUACAUUGAAUCAGUUAAUACAGUUUUAUCAUAGAGAUUUUGAAACCAUUUCUUCAAUAACUGGACCAGAUUCAAAUCAGUUUACAAAUAAAUUGAAUCAGAUAUUUGAGACAUACAUUCCCAUUUUACCAUAUGCAGCAAAUAUAUUUGGAAACAUUCCUACUAUCAGACUUCCAAAAAGUGCUAGUAACAUUUUCCUGGAAGCAGUGCAGAUCCUCCACUGCUGCAUAGAGAAGAAUGGUGCAUUAGGGGGUGCAGUACUCUUUCAAAACAAGGUUGUUGCCUCACAAUUCAGCCCUGCACUUACAAAGAGAUUAGUGUCCUCUGAUCCAUGCAGGAUUAAGUCACCUGCAGAACCUGUGUCUACACCAUUCCAUCUCCCAGUUGGAGUGCAAUUGCUGCACGUGUAUGUGGAGAGUAAGGAAUUUUAUAACUUGCAACAGACCUCUGCUGCGGCAAGGUCAGCUUUUGACAGUGUUGCAAACAGGAAAUUGGAACAGAAAAAGAUUCCAUCUGGGGCAGUUCCACCUUCAAAAGAACCACAGCCUGCAAUGAAGAGGGAUAUCUCAAGAAUCUUUACAGUUCCUGAAGAAGGAGAAGGGGAAGUGGAUCAGACUGAAAACUUCACUGCCCCAAGUGCAAAUGGAAGCAUUGAAGCUGUUUCCCCAAGUGAUGACAUUGUGGCUGUACAAUUAAGCAGUAAGUGCACCACUCCAACAAAGGAGGUACACCUAAGAAAAGUGCUACAUGGUAAGGCAUUGUCUAUAUGUAGCAAAACAAGUGGUGAUGAAGUGGAGGCUCAAACACUGACAGCAAAAGAUAAAGUGGAUCUUACAGUCCCAAGUAAAAUAGAGAAUGUUAUGAAUUCAGAUACAUGUCCGAGUGAGAAACCAAAGAAGAAGAGAUCUAAAGCAUCAUACUUCCUAAUGAAUAACUGUGAAAGUGACGUUCAUAGUUUAAGUUUAAAUGACCUUCAACAGAGCUCACGGCUGGCUUCCAAAAGGGUUCCACUGAGAUGUUAUAGUUUUGGUCUACCAAGGCUUACUCAAGACAUGACAGAUGAUAGUGGCGAUUAUUCUCCUACAAAGAAUUUGCCAUCAGGUAAACAUUUUUAUAACACUAUUUGUGAUCCCUUACAUCCAGUAUUUCGCAGCGAUGGACUUCCAAUUUCACGCUCACUGUAUAAUGAAACCCUUGCACGCCAUUACCAAUUACUUGAUAUGGAGAGAAGUAAUGAAUCCAGUCCAAGAGGUGAUUCAGUUAGCUUAAGUACCCAUCUUAUGUCCUCAACUACAAUGAAAUCUGAUACCGAAACAGAAGAGCAUGAUAUCACAAGUAGUACUGUAUCAGAGCCAAGACAGAGUGAUGAUAAAUCCAUUACUGACCACACUGAAUUUUGUUCAAAUGAAAAUGAACCAGCACCUGCACAGAAAAUGGGACAGAUAGGAAUGAAUCCAUCGAAACAAGAAAUAUAUAGGCGUUCUCUGAGUUUGCCACUGAAGACAAUGAUUACAAAUGAUUAUGCAAAUGAAGAUAUCAGAGAGAGGUCUACUUCUUAUACUGCAGGCAUUCUUGAAUCACCAGUGGUGAAAACAAGGAAUAUGGGGCUUCCAAUCACACCUCUUAUGUCAAAGUUGAGUUCUUUGGCAAUAGAAGAGAAGACAAGUGGUUUCUGCAGUCGUGACACAACUCCUGGCGAGUUCAGAGACCUAAGUUUUCCAGGAAAUAGUGACACAAGUAGUGUACCAGAAUUCACAAGAAGAAAAGUUGUCAGUGAGAAGAGGGAAGCUGAACUAGAAGAGGAAGAGGGCAGUGAAUGUGCAGAAGCAGCUAGAGAUGCUGUGUUAUUCCUGUUUGGCCAGCAGAAUAUGUCGUUGUUUCUGCUUUUGGAAGAAGCCCUGGGACAAGAUCCUCAAUUGAUUCAUUGUCUGUGGCAGACCAGUGUGAAUAGUUUGCCCAGACUUGAAAUGCAUCUCCAGCACUGUUUAGAUCACUUCCCACAAGGGGAGAGACUGGAGUCCUACAGCUUCCUUACUUUAGAUCCUAACUGGGACAUGAUUCAGAGAGGAGGCACCUGGCCAAGUGCAGAACUUGAGGUUGUUGCUUGCCUUCACAACAAUUUUAUACGGUCACCAAGUCUCUCUGAAGUUGUUGUUAGGUGUGAAGACAGUAUAGUGUACGGAUAUCAGUGUGGGAAAAUGGAAAUCUUUUAUCAGCAGUCAACAGGCAGCACUGUGGGGCUGCCAACACCAUCUGAUCUGAUGGGCCUUGUGCCACUGAAGGCAAAGAGAAGACUGGAGCGAGAUCAUGGAAUCAUUUUACUGUAAAUUAUUUGGCACAUAUAGGCCUCUGAUUUUAUUGCAUUUUGUAGAAGUGAUAUCAGCUUUAUUCAUAUUGCCACAUAUAUUAUUUUAAGUACAUUAUUAUUAAAUAGAUGAGGAAUUGCCCAGCACUUUCUCCUCUGUGGUAUCUUGUUUGUAACUAUAGAUGCAGUACACAUAUUGACAAAAGUAUUCAUAUUUGUAAAUGUUAAUAGCUAAAAGUAUUAUGUGAGGCAUCAUGCAUUCCUAUCAAGUAUUACAUGAUUUUAUUUGUAAUUUAAUCAACGUGAUCACUUAACGAAACAUUCCAUUUCUUCUGUGUUCAUUUUUAUACAGUUAAUAGUUAUGUCGUAUAAU